AUGACGGUUGGCGAGGUGUACGAUCAACAUCUUAGUACACCCCCAAAACCCAGCACCAACACGGCGCUUCAACAUCCUCAUCCCCGCGAUGAGACCCCUGUUGAGGAAGGAGUAGGAGAGGAAGUAGGAGAGGAGGAGGAGGAGGAGAGGAAGGAGGCAGAGAGAGUGAAGGAGAAAAGAAAGAGCAAGAAGUGGUGGCGGAGGCUGUGCUCUUUCUUCAGAGCUGCCAAAAAACAGCCUCCAGAAAGCAGCUCAGGUCAGGGAGAGGAGGAGCAGCAGCAGGAUGAGGGACAGAAGAGGAAGGUGGCAUGGGCAGGAAGAAGUAGUGAUGACUACAUCUUCAGCCGUUACACUGUGGGCGAUCAGCUGGGGAAAGGUGGAUUUGGUGUGGUGUAUGAAGGGACACGUCUGGAGGAUAAUCUUAAAGUGGCUUUGAAAUACGUCACAAAGACCCAACACACGAAAUGUAUAUUCAUUCCUGAUCAGCCAAAUCCCCUUCCAAAAGAGAUCGCCCUCACCAUCCUGGCGAAUAAAGGUCCCAGCGUGCCAGAAAUACUCAGGCUGCUGGACUGGACGGACCACCCUGACCACUUCGUCAUGGUCCUCGAAUGUCCCUCUCCCUGUGAGAAUCUCGUGGAGUUCAUCAGGCGUCACGGUGGAAGUCUUAAUGAAGAAACAACACGGCAGAUCAUGUGGCAGGCGGCUCACGCCACAAACAUGUGCCACCUCCGCAGAGUGCUCCACCGUGACGUCAAACUUGACAACCUUCUGAUAAACAGGGAGACAUCCGAAGUCAAGCUGAUUGACUUCGGAUGCGGGGACAUUCUGAGGAGGUCACCGUACAAGUCAUACCGUGGUAUGUAUGAUAUAAUUCACUUCUUCUAAUAGAUACAGAACUAUCAUG